GUGAGCUGCAGUCGACGCUAGGUGACAUGGAGAACAGCACCGUCAAAAUGUCAGCUGAGACGGAUGAACAGUGGUUAAGUGAGACGGAGGUGGAUGAGCCAAUGGACACCUCAAACAACGGUCAAAUUGAUCAGCCUUCAGCAAACCAUCAAGAGUCUGCUGAUGAGACCUCAAACAACGGUCAAAUUGAUCAACCUUCAGCAAACCAUCAAGAGUCUGCUGUCGAGACCUCAAACAACGGUCAAAUUGAUCAACCUUCAGCAAACCAUCAAGAGUCUGCUGUCGAGAUUAAAGACAAAACAGAUGGAAUUCAAGUCACUUGCUCUCUGGAGUGGAAAGAGAAAGAUAAAGCACAAAAACAUCAACUGAAGAAAACAGAGCUACAGAAGGCUCUUCAGUCUCGGCUCAACAAAAACAAAGAAAAUGUGACUUGCAAUGUUUUAAAUAUCACACAAGAUGGAAGAGCUGAUAUCAUGAUUGAACCUGCUGCAGCCCUGAAUAAGCUUGUCUCGCAGAAAAUUGAACUUAACUUCAAAGACCAGACAACGGCCAUACUAAGGAUUUUUAGUACCUCAGUAUCAAAGCUGGAAACUCCAGGCAGUAACUCAGUGGAUGUUCCUUCUCUGUUUCCAGCUCCUGCACAAGAUGAGAAAGCCCAAGAGCAGGGACUUAGCACAGCUGCUGCUGCUGCAGGACAGGAGACAAAGCGCUGCACUCUUUCACCGAGCCCCUUCUGGUACGUGAGCCAGGUCUACAAGGAGCAAAUGAGACGUAUCGAGAGCAAGCAUGGGGUUCAAAUCAUGGCUGAUGUAAACGUGUCCUUUGUAGCAAAGCAGGGAGCUGGAGGAGAUCCAGACAGUGCCUUUAAUGAGUUCAUAAACCUUGUCCAGACAUGCUUAGGUGAUUUCAGUGGCACCACGAUCCCUCUUCGGCAUGCAGAUCCUGAUGGCUGGAAGGACACACUGAAAGCCACCCAAGCAGACGGGGCCAAGCUUGUACUUUCUGUGUCCUCUGAUGAAAUUACUGUGUAUGGGCCAAGCAAGAGCCGAGAUGCUGUCCUUAGAGUCUUAAAAACACCACAGACAACUUCAGACGACUUCAUAAACGGUGACAAUUUGUUUGGAGCAACUGCAUGGGGAUCUCAUGACGCGUUACAGAAGAUUGACAAAGGUAUUAACGAUCCUCUGGUCUCUGCUGGACUAACCAUGGAUGAGAGCCACUGGAAGGUGAUCACCACUGUCUUUGAUAAGAAAAUAGCACAGGUCAUGGAUAAAUUUGAUGUGGUGUUUAAACCACUGAAGCUCUCUCAGGGUAAAGUCAGUGUAAAAGCUCAUGCUACAAGCACAGUAGGAGCUGUGUCCCUUGAGAGCCAUGCCCUCAGAGCUCUUCAGUGCCUCUACCAGAAGGUUGCAACAUCAACCAUGAGCUGCCCCCUGCUGGCCCCUGACCAGGCCCAAGAUGCAGGCGAAAAGCUGAAAGAGUUUCUUUCUAAACACCCUGGGAUUGAAGCAGGAGAGAAAUCAGGUGCCUGGAGAAUCUCUGGCUUACCAGAAACCUUGGGUCCUGCUGUUGAUGAGCUAGAGAAGAUUUUAGGUGGACCUGUCCUGAAAGAGGAGGACAAGCAGAGGAUUCAUUACUCAAGGCACAUCAUGUCUAAUGGUGGAGCAGAAAUGGAAGGGGGAGCUACAGCAGGAGGUACGACAGGAGGGAACAAAGAAGAAGAUACAUGUUCUAUUUGCAUGGACACAUUUACCAACAAGAAAAAGAUCAAAUGUUCUCAUGAAUUUUGCGAGGAAUGCCUGACACGGUCAGUGAAUAGCAUAGGACCCAUCUGUCCCUUGUGUAAAACUGUGUUUGGGAAGAUGGAGGGAGACCAGCCUGAUGGAACUAUGUUAUGGACUGAAGAUAGCCGUCCCCUCCCUGGAUUUCCACGCUAUGGCUCAAUCACCAUCACUUAUAAUAUUCCAAGUGGAACACAGACGGAGAAACAUCCCAAUCCUGGACAACGCUAUAGUGGUGUAACAAGAACAGCUUAUCUACCAAACAACCCAGAGGGCAGAGAGGUGUUGCAACUGCUGCGCAGAGCUUUUGAUCAGAAGCUGAUAUUCACUGUUGGGACCUCCAGAACCACCGGGGCUGACAACCAAGUGACCUGGAACGAUAUCCACCACAAGACCAACCCUCAUGGAGGACAACAGAAUUUUGGAUAUCCUGACCCCGGUUACCUGAGCAGAGUGAGAGAGGAGCUGAAGGCGAAAGGCAUCGAGUGAAGACUGUUCAUAGUAGCUCACAUAGCUCACAAGGGUUGUGGCUAGCAUGUCUCAUUUCAUAAUUCAGGGUGUAAUAUUUUCAGAAUGAUAAUUGCAGUAUAGCCUACAUAAUAUUCAUAAUAUGUGUACUGUGAGCUGUCUUUUGCCCAGUAAUUCAGUAAUUCUUUGUAUUACCAGUGAGUAAGGAUUAUUUUCACAAGGUUUAUUUGACAGCAUUGCUAUAACAGCUUGAGUAAAUAUGUAACAAUGCAUAAUAUUUGUUUUCACUUAGAGCGUUUUUAUUUUCCUAAAUGACCUCUGGCUUCUGUUUUUUGGUGACUCAGAGAAGGUUUUUUUGGGAGUAAAUUUUGCAAGUAUAUAUUUUGAUUUUAGAAUAGUCCUACAUAUGGCCUCACUUGCAUGAUGCUGACAGCAAUCUGAUACAUAAUUGAACUCACUGAUGAAUCAACACACUCAUCACUAUCUCUGUGGAGCUUGCAAACGGAAGACAAAGGGAAUCUGCUUGUUUUCUGUACAAAUUGUAAAAGUUUAUUCAUAGGAAUAGAUGUAAUUGGGUCUGUAAAGUUCUAGCAAAAAAAUAAAGAUUUGCUCUCCAGAA